CCUUGCACGCCGCACAGAGGAGAGGAUAAGCCGGCCUCUGCGGUUCUGAGCGCACGGUACACGGCUUAGAGGAGAAGAAUGUGGCCGGCAGUUGCGUGACGACGAUUUGGUACAAACGGGAGGACGACGGCGGGGGCUUGACGAGCUCGUCUGCGUCAAAUGUCUCGACCCUCCACUGGAUGGUGUUGAUGAUGAGGAUGCUGCCAUUAGUGCCUCUUUUGUGACUUUUUUCAUUUUAUUUUAUUUUUCUAACCGACAUGAACUCGCUGUUCUUCCCUGAUGCUGCGGCGGCCCAUGCCCCCCCGCCGGGCACCAGCGCCCUGCGGAACGACCUGGGCUCCAACAUCCACGUUCUCAAGACGCUCAACCUGCGCUUCCGCUGCUUCCUGGCCAAGGUCCACGAACUGGAGCGGCGGAACCGGCUGCUGGAGAGCCAGCUGCAGCAAGCCGUGCAGAGGCCGCACUACCGCGGGCUGUACGGUCGCGAUGCGGCGGUGCAGACGGACGGCGGGGCUGAGUCCAGGCUGCCCGGGACCAUCUGGUCCUUCACCCAUGUGCGCAGACAAGGGGAGCGGCUGGAGACGCUGUGCGGGCCCGGCGUGUCGUGGAACCACCCGGACGGGGUCGGCGUGCAGAUCGACACCAUCACUCCGGAGCUGAGGGCGCUCUACAACGUGCUGGCCAAAGUGAAGCGCGAGAGGGACGAGUACAAGAGGAGAUGGGAGGAGGAGCUAUCCAAACGCGAGCAGCUGGAGUCUGCGAUGGAGUCCCUGCACCAGCGGGCCAAAGAAUCAUCAGAGAUUCAGGAUGACCUGAACGACAAGGUGGAGCGGUUAAAAGCGGAACUUGUGGUUUUCAAGAGCCUCAUGAGUGAUCAAAUGUCUGACCUGGACGCCAAGAUUCAGGAAAAAGCCCGGCGGGUGGACAUGGACAUCUGCAGACGCAUCGACAUCACGGCGAAGCUGUGCGACGUGGCGCAGCAGCGCAACUCAGAGGACAUGUCGAAGAUGUUCAACGCCAGCGCGGCCCGGUCACUUCCAGAGAGGACGGGGGCCUCGGCUGGCUGCAAAAGAAAAGAGCAAAAGGCAGUGUGGGAUGAGGAGGUUUCUGAGAUGGACGCAGAGCCCACCCCUCUGGAGGAGGACACGCUCAACAUCACCGACGAGAUGAAGCGCAUGCUAAACCAGUUACACUGUUCAGAUAACACCUCUGUUGCCAGGCGCGAGACGUUUGACUUGGACGACGACUGCGACAGUCUGACGUGGGAGGAGAACGAGGAGACGCUGCUGCUGUGGGAGGACUUCGCCAACUACAAUGUACCGUGCGGAAUCACGACGACGGCGGCACCGCCCUGCGCCAACGCGCUCCCAGGCGUGGAAGGCACGGAACCCGACUCCAACGACAAAAGUCUCGGCAGCCUCAUUGACGAAACAGAGUCGCUCUUUAAGAACAGAGAGAAAGAGUACCAGAAGACCAUCGGUCAGAUCGAGAUGGAGUUGGCCACAGCCAAAAGCGACAUGAACAGACACCUGCACGAGUACAUGGAGAUGUGCAGCAUGAAGCGAGGCCUGGACGUGCAGAUGGAGACGUGCCGACGCAUGAUCAAAGGCGGCCGGAGCUCGCCGUCGUUCAGCUCGGCCGCCAGCAGCGACUCAGGGAACACUGACGAGAUCCAGGACGAGAUCUCAGACAAGGACGCCGAUUCCGAAGUCCCUGUUAGUUGAUGACCGCGUAGAGACGCACUGGUGUGUGUGUGACAAUAACCCAAAAAAGGAGAAAAAAAUUAAUGCUCACUGAGGAUCACAGUGUUGGUUGGUGCUUUUAUAACUAUUUUGUUUAGUUUGUGGUGAGGGUUGUCACUAAGAGACAGGCGUGCUCUUUUCCUUUCGGGAUAUUUACUUGGGCUACAAAUAGUUUUGGAGGUCUGCGCUCUAUCGAAUAGCUUUCGGGGAGGUCGCUUUUUGUUAGUUUGUCAUUUUAGCAAGUUUACACCAAAACAAUUUCAUGUCAUAAUGUCCAUACUGGCGUCCUUUUACACUGUAUAAGAAAAGCAAAUAGGAAUAGAAUUAAGUUAAAAUAUAUAUAUAUAUAUAUAUAUAUAUAUAUAUAUAUAUUACCCAUUGAAGAAACCUGACGGUGAUGGAACAGAGAGGGAAGAGGAAAGUGUUAUUGAGGGUGUAAUGUUUUUCCUUUGCAUGGGACAGCACAGUGAACUAGCGCUGAGCAUGUCUGGCAGGGGUCCUUGGUUUGAAUCUCAGUUCAGGACCUCCUGUUUAGACUCUGCAGAACACAGGUGUCAAAAUCAAGGCCCGGGGGCCAGAUACGGCCGCAGAGGCAAAUCAUGUGUAUCAUCUUACAUGAUUUUUGUUCAAAUCUGUCCCAAAAUUUCAAAUUGUCGUGUCAUAAAUGAUAACGUUGAGCUACGACAAGCAUUUUUGUGUUAACAAACAACAAUAGCAUACAGGCAUUCGAGAAAGAAGAGCAGUUAUUUAUAUGAAAAUGAUAAUUUUACUAACAAUUCAGUGAACUCGGAUAAUUUACCACUAUGGUCGGGGCAGAGGUCUCAAACUCAAAGUCCGGUGACCAGAUCUGGCCCACAACAUGAUUUUAUGUAGGCUGUGAAGGCAAAUCAUGCAUUUUAACUUCCAUGAUUUUUGCUAAAAUUGCUACCAAAAUUUCAAAUUGCCAUAUCUGAUUACAUUGAGCUAUUGCAAGCAUUUUUGUUACCAAACAUCAUCAGUAGUUGGAAAGCCCGUUACCCUUAAUUUCUGAUUCCAGAACUACUUCAUACAUUUCAUGUUUAAAUAUGAUGAGGAAGCUCAAAGUAAAAUGUGACCCGUGACACUCCUGCUGUAGAGUUAAAGAGUUUGUAGGUGGAAAUACGCAAGUGCAGUAUGAAUAAAUAAAAGUAGGAAAAAAAAAACAAAGUAAAACUACUGACUAACUGAGAUGGAACAGGAAGGUGUCUUCUGUUACCUAGUGGAAUUUUAGUAGGUCAACCGGAAUUAGUACGUCGUUUGCGGAGUUAAUCCUUUAGAUGGUCACUUAGCUGAACUCGUAAGAUGUGUCGACACCUCGCGGAAUUUCGACUUUGUGAAGGGAACGGUUUUUUUUCAUCGGUAAUGACGCGGGUUUAGCCUCAGAACAGUUCUUAGCCAUAAGCCAUUUUGGCUCAUAAAGCAGGGAGUGAAGAUUGUUGUACGAAAGUUUAUCAAACAAGUCUGAUUGGAACCUUGAAACAUUGUGUCAGGACUGUUGUCUGAAAAACAUUUUUGAAAUUUGCAAAGACUCAGAUCAACUCCAGUCAAUGUUCCGCCAACUUGCCAAAAUCAAAACAAUUAUUUAAAGAGUCAGGACUUGGCAGUAUCUUCGAUAACAAAUAAGAUGAAUAGACUAAUAAAUGACUUUGGACUUGUUUCAGAAUUGAAUGUUAAGAGUUACGCAUGUUUGAGUUAAUUGUAAAAUGUCGGGCUCUUAUCUUCCACUAUUUCGCUAUGAUCUGACUCAUGGUGUGGCUAAAAUAAUAAACUUCCCCUUUUAUACAUGACAGUUCACUUGCAUCCGAGCCCGAACAGCUUGCAGAUGCUGCUGCUGACCGACGCGUUUAGGAUUGUCUGAUCCUGGUUUUUGAUUUGAAAGCCGGUAUAUAUUUUGAUGUCGGAGGGGGUUGUUGCCAGAAUGUUUUCCUGUUGAAGAGGGAAAAGAGCACAGCCUCUCUUUCUUUUAUUUUAUUAUUAUUAUUUUUUUAAAUGCAUCAGUGCACUACUGAGGUUCUAUGCAAUGGAGCUGGCCUUGCAUAUAGACAAGCUUCCUUCUUUCUCUUAAAACCAAUACGAUUAGCCUUCUAACCAAAGCAGGUUUUUUCUACAGCGCAUAUGCUUUCCUCUGUGCGUGACUUUCAGUAGCAUUUAAAACAUUUUACGUUUGUUUUCCAUAUUCAAGAGUAUCUGCCUUAUAUCCCCCCAGGAUGUUAUUUGCAACCUGAUGUAAAAAGCCCUACCAUAGCCUUGUGCACAAUUCCAAAAGGAUGGAAUCCUCCAUGUCACAAAUUCAGAAUACAUUCAAAACCAAACGCAGCCCUUGAACCUCUUGAGCAAAAACCAAAGGCCAUACUUUGAGGUCCCCUGUAAAAUCGCCUUCAUUCUUUCCGCUAAAGUUGCUUUUGUGCGAGUGUGCUUUUGUUUGAAUGCAUCGCAACAUCGUGAUAUGCGCGUACAGGACAUGGCAUACCCCAGAGGCCUUUUAGCUAGCAGUAAUACAGUGGACUCUCCAAAGUGGAACCCAAUGUGUUCCCUCAUGCUGGUGCACUUCCUCAUUGUUCCCAAAACUCAAGACGACAGUGUAAUAAAGCUGUAGUAAAGAAAAAAAAAAGAAAAUCUUUUCGGAGAUUGGUUUGAUCCUUUAGGUGUGUUAUUGUAUUACAAAUUGUACAAUUUUUGUGGUGUUCCACUUUGAAGCUUCUCCUGUACAUUACAUCACUGUUUAUCAUCAAAGAUGAUAGGAUGCAUGUAGAGCAGAAUUGGCAUUUCCAUGGCCUUUUUUUAUUCUAAUGUAUGAACUCAAAUAACUUAAUUAAACAGAACGUUAAUGACAUAUUUUCCGGCAUGUUUUCAUUGGGGAGAAGUUUUUUUUAUUAUUAUUUUUGCAUAUUUGUAAAACUUGUGCUGUUUUCAUUAAAAUUUCACCGAUGCUAAUUAUAGAUUUGCAAAAAAUGUUUUAUCAUAUCCAUUUACUUUUGCCAUAAUCCUACAAGAAUGUAAAUCACUUAUGGAGGUAAUUACCGUGGAUUAUGUUGCGACGAGAGUGAACAUCACUCACAGUACAGAUGUAUACUUUUCUGAUGUAUGCAUAUUAGUACAUGUGAUAUACAUCUGGAACAUUUAAUUUUUUUUACGUUAAUUAAAAACCAGCCUGCUUUGUAACAAGGCAAUUGAUUUACGGAGCUUCACAAAGUUGUGCAACUGUGUGUAGCUGUUCAAAUGUUCAAAAGCAGGGAUGCGGUCUUAACAAUGUGCAAGGAUGUGAAUAUUUCAUACAAAAAAAACGUUUUUUAUACCAGAGUUUUUUAAAAAUGAAUGUUGUGUGCUCAUCAGGUUGUUUUUAAUUAGUGUCUCCUUUGAAUGAAUGAUGAUGCAAGAGGUGGUAAAAGGUGCCUUGGCCAUAAGAUGGAACAUCAUGGUGUUCCAUUCAUUAAGUUUCCAUCCUUUUUUUUUUUUUUUUGCUUUGUUUUUAAUUCUUAAAAUAAUUAACAUUCAUGUGGGUCUGGGACAAAAAUAAUGAAUGUACUCAAUGUGGUAAGAUGAAAUAAACAGUGCUGGGGAAAUUGUUUGUCUA